GGGAGGAAGAAGGGAGGGAGAGGGGGAGGAAGAGGAAGGAAAAAAAAAAAAAAACAGAAGAAAAAAAAAAGAAUGAAGAUAUUAAAAGGAAAACUCCCUGGGAAAAUAUGUUUGCAGUGCACUGGCUCUAAGGCUUCCAUGGAGAAGGUGGUUGGGGAUAACGACGUAGGCAAGCUAACUAGAGAUUGUCUGGAUGAUGGGAUGUAACCUGCUCAGGAAAAGGCUGCUGUCUGCAUCAAUCCCCGUGUAAACCGACUGGGGGAAGACAUAGGAUAUUCUUGUUUUCAUUUUUUUUCCCUUCUUCAUUUCUCUCUGACCACAGGUGAUACAAUUUAGUUUGGAUGCUGCCUGAUUCCAGAGGACAUGAUUGCAUUUUUUUUUGUGUGUGGGGGAUCUGAUGGGUUAAAAUUCCCAUUGAAGUUAUUUUUUGUCUAGACUAUCCAAAAGGCAGAAGAAAAAAAAAAAAUAUAUAUAUAUAUAUAUAAUCAGAAAAGAAUACAACCUGGAUCAUCACUAUGGCUUUUAUCAUACUUCUCUCACCUCUACUUGCCAGCCUAUGCAUAUUUGGAGCCUCCAGCCAAGACCAGGAAGGGCGUUCAGCACAUCAAGGAGAUCACUAUGCCAUGCUGAAAGAGAGACAACCCAUAUACAUCCAUCCCAGGAGCAGCCUGGACCAUUCCUCCUUGUGGGUUAAGACUACAGAGAGUACAAUCUUGGCACAGAACCUUGGGGAGGAUUUGCCUAAGCAUGUGGCCUCUUUCUUGUACACUGGGGAUGCCAGUGAACUCAGGAGAGCCAACUGCUCCAAAAGAUAUGAGUUGACAAGUUUGUCAGCUAUAUCUCCCACUACUUACCAUGCCUCCUUGCACAGAUCAGCGGAUCUCCUGGUCCAUUCAACCAACUUUUUGAACAUGAUUUUACAGAGCAAUAAAUCAAAGGAGCACCACUUCCAGAGGGAUCUUGAGUUGUACCAUGCCCUGGUGAGAAGUAUCCUGGAAGGAGAGUCUAGCAUCUUGAGGUCGGCUAUUACUUUGAAUGUGGAUCUGGUGUCCCAUGUCCCUCAGGUUUUUCUCCAAGCCACAAGGGAGGAAAACAAGAUCCUUCUCCAAGAUCUGUCCUCUUUGGCUCACCACUUGGCUAACAUCACCCAGGAAACAGACUGGUUCCAUGCUUUGAGACAUAAAUGGAGGCCUCAUCAAAGCAAAAAACAUCUAAAUAGUGCUAGAACUUUGGAGGAUAGCUGGAAGAAGGGGAGCGUUUAUAUCACAGAGAAGAGUCAUAUCAAAUGGUCUUCACCAUAUUUGGAAUGUUCAGAUGGAAAAUAUAAGCCCAACUGGCUACUUACACUAUCUGCUGCCUUCUAUGGACUUAAGCCUAAUCUUGUACGGGAAUUCAGGGGAGUACUUAAAGUGGAUGUUAACUUGCAAAAAAUCGACAUUGAUCAAUGCUCCAAUGAUGGAUGGUUUUCGGGAACUCACAGAUGUCAACACAACAGCUCAAAGUGUGUACCGAUGAAGGGGCGUGGAUUCUUACUCGGAGCUUACAAAUGCAUUUGCAAGACUGGAUUCUAUCAUCCUGACAUCUUCUCAGUUAACGGCUUUCAAAGACAAAAUCUGGAUAAUCAUUUUUCAAGGGGAGAGAUAUCUGAAGAAGAGUAUAAGUGUUUACCCUGCAGGGAAGGAUGUCCGCACUGUGUGGAUGAUGCUCCCUGCUAUGCACAGGAGGACAAGUAUUUACGAAUCGCCAUCAUCUCAUUCCAAGCCUUCUGUAUGAUACUGGAUUUCAUAAGCAUGAUAGUGGUUUAUCAUUUUCGCAAAGCAAAGAGCAUAAGAGCAUCAGGACUCAUCUUACUGGAAACGAUUCUGUUUGGAUCCCUACUUCUUUACUUCCCAGUGGUUAUUUUAUAUUUUGAGCCAAGCAUCUUUCGAUGCAUUCUACUCCGGUGGGUUCGUCUUUUGGGCUUUGCAACAGUCUAUGGAAUGGUCACCCUCAAACUUUACAGAGUUCUAAAGGUGUUCCUUUCCCGCACUGCCCAGCGCAUCCCUUACAUGACCAGCUGCAGAGUCAUGCGCAUGCUGUCUGUGAUUCUUCUGCUAGUUAUCUGGUUCCUAGUUGCCUGGACCGUAUCUGUUUGUCAGAACAUGGAACGAAACAUUCCACUUAUUGUCCAAGGCGAAACAUCAGAUCAACUUCAAUUUAACUUGUGUCUUAUUGACCGGUGGGAUUAUAUGAUGGCUGUUGCUGAAUUUCUAUUCCUCCUGUGGGGUGUUUAUCUCUGUUACGCUGUGCGGACUGUUCCAUCAGCAUUCCACGAGCCUCGUUACAUGGCGGUUGCAGUCCAUAAUGAGCUGAUUAUCUCUGCUGUAUUCCAUACCAUUAGGUUUGUCCUUGCACCAAAACUCCAACCGGACUGGAUGUUGAUGUUGUUUUUUGUCCACACGCAUUUGACUGUGACAGUAACAAUUGGGCUACUACUUAUACCCAAGUUUUCUCAAUCAAACAACAACCCAAGAGAUGACAUUGCUGCUGAGGCAUACGAAGAUGAACUUGACAUGGGUCGCUCUGGAUCAUAUCUGAAUAGCAGCAUCACAUCUGCUUGGAGUGAACAUAGUUUGGAUCCUGAGGAUAUACGGGAUGAAUUGAAGAAGCUAUAUACGCAACUGGAAAUCUACAAAAGAAAAAAGAUGAUUGCAAAUAAUCCGCAUCUUCAGAAAAAGAGGUGCUCUAAGAAGGGAUUGGGGCGAUCUAUCAUGAGACGUAUUACAGAGAUCCCAGAGACUGUCAGUAGGCAGUGCUCCAAAGAAGACAAAGAUAAUUCCGAUCAUAGUAAUCCCAAAAAUAACCUUGGCAACACCAAAAAGAAUCAACAUGACUCGGCUUCACAAAAUGUGAAAUCAAAGGAAGACACAUCAAAGCACAGAACAUUUUCUUUAAAAAAAUCACACAGCACAUAUGAUCACUUAAGAGUACAAAAUGACAAGCCCAAUGGAAUUUCUUCAGAGAAAAUCGAUAUGUGCGAGAAUUUCCAUUUAAAUGGAAAGAGUUUAAGGAGCAAUGAUGCCCAUGAACUUGAAGCUGUGUCAGCAGAAUCGGUUCCCUUAGUUUGCAAAUCUGCAAGUGCUCACAACUUGAGUUUGGAUAAGAAACCCCUCCAUCCAAGUUUGUCUAUUUUACAGAAAUCUCUUAGUGUUACUGCCAACACAAAGGAUAAAAGUUUAGGGCUUGGUGAGAAAACAAAAAGUGAAGAAGAUGCUGAAAAACACCACCAAGCUAAUUCUAAAGAUAAAGAGUGUAACAAACACAUGAGUGGUCAAGAUAAAGAGGAAACAUUUGAGCAGCACCAGAUGACCUCAAGCCCUAUUGAAGAAACACAAAAAUCUCAUAAAGGUGGAAUAAUGAAGCAACAAGCAAUGAGUUUGUCUUUGGGGGAAUCAGAGAGAGCUAUAGGAGCUCUGGGAUUCAAAGACAAGUUUGAUAUUGAAGAGGUAUGUCCUUGGGAAAUGUAUGAUGUUACUCCCACUGCUGUGCCUUCUGAGAAUAAAGUUCAGAAACACGUAUCGAUUGCUCCUUUGGACUCUGAAAAGAACCACACUUCACGUUCAAAAAGCAAAUCACAUAACAGAUCCAAGAGUACAGAACAAGGACACCAACAAUCAAAACAAAAAAGUCCAGCUAAACUUGAAAUAAAUAUUAAAGAACCUCAUGAAAGAGGUUCAAAAGAUGACGCAAAAAAAAUUCACACAACUGAAUAUGCAGUGGCUACAGGAGAUCACGAGGUACAAAGUACUACAAAAUCACAGGAAGACGAGCAUAAGAUGCAAUCCACAGUGACUGAAGGAGGCUUACCUUCCCACGAUCCCCAUUAUAAUUAUAAUAAUAAUUUGCCUCAAUCCAUGGCUCUACAGGCAGAAGUGUGUCCAUGGGACUUUGAGUCAAAAGAUGUAUUAAAUAUAGAGACUACAAAAGCUUUACCUGUGACUUCCAAUAUAAGUCCUACGUCACCAUCUAAAAAUACCCCAGCAUCACCUUCAAAAACCAGGGCCUUCGGAAUACCAAUAAAAAAUAUUGUAACACCUGCAAAAAAAGAUAGAGGUCCAGAGAAGGAAAAGGGAAAAAACAAAAAUAAAGAAAAAGAAUUGGAUCCAAAUGUUUCCAUAAAUAAAAUGGACAAAUCAAAAAGUGCAGAGGUUUGCUCUUCUGUUGGAGAGAACACUCUUGGAGUCCCCGUCAACAAGGGGAAGAGUACCUCAAACGAGUAUGGCAUAGACAAAUGCAAACUUGUAGAAAUAUGCCCUUGGGAAAAUGCUUCUUCUUCACAACCAGAACAAGACGUAGAGUCAUCUGACAGUAAACAUAGCAAAACAAUGCCAGGGUCAAAUUUGGUGGACAUUUGCCCAUGGGACUUUGAAGAUAUUAAUGAGGGGAAACAGGGAUGAUUGGAAAUGCAUUGGACUGCGCAUUCCAAAGUAAAAGACAAAUGAACGAAAGAUAAAAAUAGGACUUUUCACUUGACCUACUUAAUCUUAAUAGCAAUGCUAAUUUAAUGCAUCCAAAAAAACGAAAAACAAAUAUUUUCUAAAAUGACUGCUCUCAUUUUCUUAUUAGUGUAUCUGUUUCCUGUACACAGUUGUGUCUCAUGUUAAAGCAUUCCAGAUUGUAAAAUAUUUGCAAGUACCUUUGAUAUUUUGUGACACAACAUAUUUAUGCAAAUUUGCAGAUACCGUAUUGAUAUUGCAACCAAAAUACCUGCUAUAUGUUUUUACUAAAAUAGAAUUACUGUAAGUUUUCACUUUAGAUUUAUGAGAUUUAUUUUUCCUUUUAAUGUGAUUAUUAAUAUUGUGCUAUUUCUUCGUUCACCUUGAUAUUUUAUUGAAUUAAUUUAAUUUAUUUGUAUAUUUUUUUUAUCUUCAUUCAUAAAAGGAAUAUUACCUGUUUUGCAUAUCUAUUUAGGGUUGUAGAAUUAGUGGAAAAAUGGUCCUGAAAAUGAAUUGUUGUAAAACAGAUGGCAGCAUUUAUAGUUUGUAGUUAUGUCCCAUUCUGAGUAGCUUAAUGCAACAAUGUACUUUUACGCACAUCUUUAUUUAUUGAGUCUGUGGAGGUUUAUGCUUCACUAUUCUUAAUAGGGAAACUGAUUUAUAUUAUUCACCAAAGGAAUUAAUCUAAAAUUUGCAACAUAAUGAAAAAAUAUACUUUCUUGGGGAAUUGAUCACAGAUUCUAGUAACACCUGAUAAGUGGUAUUUAUUUAAAAAGAAAAAAAAAGUAUUGGACUGACGAAAGCUAAUGAGGAGAAUUUAUAAAUUCCCACAUUUUCCAACCCACUUUAAAGGUCGCAUUGCUGUAAAUAGUCAGUUGGACCAUAUAUGCCUUUAAGAUGUUUUUUUUUUUAUUUUAUAUAUAUAUUCACAGUUGUUUG